GGUAGCUGCUCCGCUCCGCUCCUCUCUACACUACAGCAACGAGACCGGAGCAGGGCUGUGGGUGGUGGUGGGGGGGGACAGACAGUCAGAGAGACAGACAGUGUGCAGCAGGACGCGCUGUGGACUCUGUGAUGUGCAGUAAAUGGGGAUUAAACCGCUCAGACAGCAGCAGUAGUAGCUAGUGGAGAGAGUAGGGGGAGCUCCGCGCCGCGCUGCGCCGCCGCCGCCGCCGCCGCCGCAUGUGCUCGUCCGUGUGCGCCUUGGAAAAAGAAAAAACUUGCACCGAACCCGUCCGUCCGUCCCUGGGAGACAAAAACAACCAAAAGAAAGAAAGAAGAGGAAAACUAACAAUAGGCUGCAGCCGCAAACUAAAAACCUUGAAGCUCCGGGACUCGCAGCCCCAAACCUCCCCUCUCACAUGCCUGCGUUGAUGUGGGAGAGAGGGAGGGGAGCGGAGCCGGGGAAUGUUUGAAUCACCUCUGUAAAACUUAGCAGAAAUAUAAGAGAGAUUUAAAACCAAUUAUUUAAAAAAAGAAAGAAAGAAAGAAAGGUUUUUUUUGUUUUGUUUUUUGGGAGAGGAAUUUAAGUUGCUUUAUAACCGGGGUGUCAUGGAGAGCCAAGCGAUCGGAGAGCACCAGAGCUGCGAGGACGUGCGGAAGAGCGGCUACCUCCGCAAGCAGAAGUCCAUGCACCGGCGGUACUUCGUGCUCCGCGCCGCCUCGGAGCGCGGCCCGGCCCGCCUGGAGUACUACGAGAGCGAGAAGAAAUUCCGCGGCAAGGCCCCCGUCCCGAAGAAAGCCGUGGCUCUGGAGACGUGCUUCAACAUCAACAAGCGCGCCGACUCCAAGAACAAGCACAUGAUCGUGCUCUACACCCGGGCCGAGAGUUUCGCCAUCGCCGCGGACAACGAGGGGGACCAGGACGAGUGGUACCAGGCCAUGGUGGACCUGCAGUGCAAAAGUAAGAACCCCACUGACAGCGAGGCAGCAGGGGACUAUGGAGUUCCCGCUCCUGGGCCUGCAUUCAAAGAGGUGUGGCAGGUGAAGGUGUGGCCCAAAGGCCUGGGUCAAGCCAAGAACUUGGUGGGCAUCUACCGCCUUUGCCUGACUGACAAGACGGUGAACUUUGUCAAGCUCAACUCUGAUGCUGCUGCUGUGGUACUGCAGUUGAUGAAUGUCCGACGAUGCGGCCAUUCAGAAAACUUCUUCUUCGUUGAGGUUGGACGCUCUGCCGUGACAGGCCCGGGCGAGUUCUGGAUGCAGGUGGAUGAUUCAGUGGUGGCCCAGAACAUGCAUGAAACCUUGCUAGAGGCUAUGAAGGCACUGAGUGAGGAGUUCCGCCAACGCAGCAAGUCUCAGUCGAACUCCGGCCCCGGAGGAGGUGCCACUGCUUCAAACCCUAUCAGUGUUCCCUCACGGCGCCACCACCCAAACCCUCCACCCAGCCAGGUGGGCUUCACCCGCCGGCCUCGAACUGAGCCUCCAGGAGGAGCUAACGGUGGAGCAGGGGUCAGCAGUGCCAGUGCCUCUCCCACCCCACGCCAUAGCUUCCCCAGGUCUCGCACUGCCAGUGAUGGGGGGAAAGGUGAUGACGGGAUGUCUGGAACCACACCGCUCCAAGGGCCAAGCUCCAGCCCCUCUACCAAUGGGUCCUGCUCCACCACCCCAAUCCUCAGGUCGAAAUCAGCCCGCUCAGCCCCCACCUCAGCUGCUAAAACUCCUCUUGGGUUGAUGCGAUCCAUCUCGACCCCAGCGCCCUCCCCAGCCCCAAGCCUCUCCUCUAGCUCUGGACAUGGCUCUGAAUUUGGAGGUGUAACAUCCUCUGCUGGUGCUGGUCCGUCAGGUGCUUACAGUCGUGUCCCUUCCCAUCGCGCAUCUGUUUCAGGCUCACCCAGUGACUAUGGCUCCUCAGAUGAAUAUGGUUCUAGUCCUGGGGAUCACACGCUCCUACCCUCCCCGAGCCUCCCUGGAAGCUCUGUUGGUAGUGUUGGCAGCCAGUCCCUUGGUGAGGAGGGAGCCAACUAUAUCUUAAUGGGCCAACGUAGUGGUGGUGGUGGCGGUAGCAGUAGUAAUCAAGGGAGCUUAACAAACAGCUCGCUGCCAGCACCAGGAACACCAGCCUGUGGCUCCCAGCCCCAGACCAGGAGAGUGCUCCGGCGCUCCUCCAGCCGCGAAUGUGAAGCUGAACGUAGGCUGCUGAGCAAGCGGGCUUCAUUACCUCCAAUGGCCUUGGAGAGGCUGGCCCCACGUCAGCGCAGAGCUGAGGAACCAGCAGAUGAAGAUUCAGCGGAUUAUGCCAUCAUGUCGAGGAGCACCAGCCGAGAGUCCUUUACUUCCACCUCCUCUUCCACACAGAGGGAAUCUGUAAUGGGUUCUGGGUCAGCAGGGGGAGGGUACUUGGAUGUAGCGGGUGAGUUCAAAAGUGAAGGGGGUGGAGGAGCAAGUGGUAGUAUAGAUUUAGGUGUGGACAAUGGGUACAUGUCCAUGCUGCCUGGUGUCACUCAGCCUCCAGUAUCCCUGUCCCAAUCAUUGGCUGUCUCUGUUCCAGACUCAGAUUCCAAACCUGCUGAUGAUUAUAUGGCCAUGACCCCUAACAACAGUGUGUCCCCUCCACAGCAGAUCAGGCCUCCACCAACAUCUGAUGGCUAUAUGAUAAUGUCUCCCAAUAGCAGCUGCUCCCCUGACCAGCGUGGUGGUCUCUCUGGAGGCGCUUGGGUGGACAGUGGUAGUGCAGACAGUAGGGCAGGCAGUGACUAUAUGAACAUGUCUCCAAUCAGUGCACGUUCUGUAAAUGGAAGCCCCCCACCUCCUGAGCACACUGGCCAUUUGGAGACCAGUUCUCAACAGCAAGCUCCCAAGAUGGUAUAUUCUUACUAUUCACUUCCCCGGUCAUACAAACACAACCCCUCUGCUGGACACUUUGAUGAUGGGCCUGGACGAGGCAGAAGGCCCAAUGGCGGUUGUAGUAGAGGAAUGGGAGGAGGCAGGACUAUGGGGGGGCGUCAAGAGCAACCAGCAGCAAGCAAUUCAAUGGUUGGAAGACACCUCUCACUCUCCUCUUCCUCAUACUCCUCCAGCUCAGCCAGCAGCGAGAGCCUUGGAGAGAACGAGGACCGACCUACUCAGUCGGUGAGCACCAUGGCAGGGGGAGCUCAAUCCAAAGAUGGGAGUAAGCUACAGCAGAGACGGAGUUCAGGUGGAUUGUCCAAGCAGGGUAGCCACACCAGAAGCAGACCAGUGAGCCUGUUUGUUGAUGUAUCCAAGGCAAACACCCUUCCUAGAGUCCGUGAGAACCCGCUGCCCCCAGAACCUAAGAGCCCUGGGGAGUACGUAAGCAUUGAGUUUAAGGGGGAGAAGAGCAGUCAGACUGGGGUUGGAGGAGGGCGCGGCAGGGGUCUCAGGCAUGGCUUAUCAUUGCCUCAUGGCUCAAGCAACAAGCAUCCUCAACACAGGCCCACGUCUUGCUUAGGGAACUUCCUCCCCCUAUCCCGUAGCCCCUCUGCCCCCAUCACUCCCCCAGCUGCCUCUGAGUAUGUCAACAUGGACUUGGGCCCUUCUCCAUCCCCCUCACCCCUUACUCCACUAGUUUUCCCUACUUUCCACACCCCUCCCACACCUCCAACUCUCGCUCAUGCCCCAAAAGCCUGUGAGGAGGGUACUACUAGACCUGGUGAAGAGGGGGCCGAAGUAGCACAGGCCCCACUUAGGAAAAACAGAGAAAGUGUUCCAUCAGUGUCCCCAACAUCCUGUGGAGACUACACAGAGAUGGCUUUCAGCCUGAAUAGUAACACUGUCCCUAGGUCAUCCUCCAGUGUCUCCCCCAAAGCCCCUUCCCCCACCAGGACUGAUCCUACUGUUCCAGUGCUAUCACGGGGUCUAGACUUCCCCCUAGCCAAACCAGGACCCAACCCGGACCAUGGUGCAAAAGUUAUCCGGGCUGACCCCCAAGGACGCAGACGGCACUGCUCAGAAACCUUCCUUGCUUCACCUUCACUCCCCACCUCUAACUCUACUUCCUCUUCUUCCACUGCCUCACUCUUUCCAGAACAUGCCCAAGCUGUGGCCCGCCGACUGGGCUUUGAAAGCAUGCUGUGGGGAAAUGGUGCUGUGACCGAUAACCCCACUCAGUUUGCGCUCCCCGGACAGCAGUCCCUUCCCACAAACACUCAGACUUCGUCCACAGAGCAAGGCCUUAACUACAUAGACUUGGACUUGGCCAACAAAGAGAGCCCCCAUUUGGGCCUGGAUGGACCCUCAGGUAGCCAGGCCCCCUCUCGCCUCUUCUCUGUACUAGGUGGAGGUUCUGGGGUCGGGGGAGUGAGCGCACCGGUCGUCGUCGGCAGCAGCAGCAGCAGCAACUCCAGUCUCAAUACUUACGCCAGCAUCGACUUCUACAAAUCAGAGGAGCUGCGGACGCAUCAGAAUGGAAGCAAGGAGGGAACAGAGUGCUGAUGUCAGUGCGUCGUCCUUGGGGAAACAAUCUGGUACCACUCAGAGAGCUUCAAAGCUCCGCCUGUUUCUUUUGUGACAGCCAGUCACAUCGAGAGAACAGCUGGAUCGGAUACGCCCCCGAAGCACUUUGACAGAUACUGAUGGCAAACUUUUCUCUUUUUUGUUUUGUUUUUUUCCUUCGCUUUCGUCUUGUUGGUUGCAGAAACCAAUGAGGAUGUGUGCCAAAUGACACUCUUGAAAAGCCAUUUGCUGCUCUCAUUCCUUGAGUGAAAGCCAAUCAGAGAAGGGUACAAAAAAAAUGGAGAUUCUGUGUUUUGUUUUUGUUUUUUCUGAGAGAAAAGGAGUAUAAUGGUGGCUGACUAUUUAGUGUAUGAAAAACAAAAAUAGAAUUAUAUAUCAGCUCAAAAAGUGCCUCACUUUCAGAUUGUAGCCAUUUUACAAAGAACUUCAACUUAGCCUCGACUAACUGAAGCUUUGGGUUUUUGGGUUUUUUUUUUUUUUUGUGCUUGAUUUGAUGUAGUUAAAAAAAAAAAAUGCAGCAUAAAGUGGGUAGCGCUGGUGUGAGCUUUUGCUGCAUUCAUGUCAUAUGGGAUGAAAUCAGAUAUUCCAGUGUUUACAACAGUUUGAUGAUUACAGAUUUGGUCAUGUGGAGUUUAAAAAUACUGUGCAUGAUCAAUGAUCAAUAAAACACUACAGGCAUGAAAUGUGGGUUUAUUCACCCCUGACAUGGGGCAUCCAUAGAGAUGGACACUAUCUGUUACUUUGAAAUAAGUAUUUUGAUUAUUUUAAUUGGUAUUUGACAGGAAUUCAAACAUUCAAAUCUAAUUUGUAACAAAACACUUUGGAGUGGAGUAAUUGUGUAUUUUGAAAAUACACAAACUAGAUCCAAAUCUUGCUCUAUGUAGCUAGUAUGAAAUGCUAGAGGGCUUUUAAUUUGAAAAAGGGCUUUUUAACGAUACGGGAAGUGGCGGCAUUUGAUCAUAAUACAACUUGGAUGUUGAUAAGAAUAAUAAUAAUACCAAGUCAGAGGCUGGAAAUCCCGAUAAAUCCGAUAUGACAUGAAUGCAGCAUUUUCGCUAACACUGAUAAUGAUAAUGGUGCUAGCAAUCAGCUGGCCUUCCUGUCUACUGUGAGAAAUAUUAGCGUAGCUGCUGUUAGCAUUCUGCUCAUUAUAACUUGUGCUGCUUUUAUUCCGUCUCUCGUCUUUUUUCUCCCACUCUUUUUCUUCCCUUUUGUUUUUAACAGAGCCAUACACCUAAAGUAUUAAACAACGCAGGCUUGAAACAAAAAAAAAAGCACUUGUAGCAGCGGGUAGGUAGCUAGCUCGUUAGCUAAAGCCAGCUAGGCCAGAUUAAGAUAUUAGCAUUGUGCCAGGACGUAAAUUGACCAUCCUGCUGACUACAGCUGAAGGCAAGACCCCUGAUAUAGAGCCAAGCAAUCCCAUUAGUGCUAUUAGCUUCAGACACUUAUGUCCCACUUAAUCCCCUUCGUCUCAGGAUGCUAAACGACAUACGGUACAUACGGUGGAGGAUAGAGACCCUAUCAAUAGCCAUGGUAAUGCUAGCUUUAUAGCGGUCAGCACACUGCUGUUAGCACCGGAGAGGGGGUCAGUUUUUAUUUCAGUGCUGUCAGUAUGAAAUAAGUUCUCAGUUAUUUUAUACGUUAAGGUACCAAACAUUUUAGAACGAUUUUACACUUUAAAAUAUUUUUAACUUGUUGAAUUAAAAGUGCUUUGAACCUAAAUCCUUCUUUAAGACUUUCUUUUUCUAUCUCCUUACCUUCCUCCUUUUGUUUUUCGCUUGGCUCUUACUUUAAUCUCCGCUAUGCAUCAGCACUUAAGUGCCUGUCUGUCCUUUUUAUCUGUCUGUCUCUCUGCCCCCGUCUUAGCAGCUAGCACUAAUAGGGCUGUCAUAGCAGAAUAUAUCAAGUCUAUUUUUGUGUCUAUUUUUGUCUCUUUUUGGCUGUACAGUUCUCAUAAAAUAACUUGUUUAUGUUUGUUUGGUGUGAUAAUGAUCUAUCAGAUGACUUGACUGACAGCCAUGGCCCUAAUCGGUGGAGUUUUGGACUGUUUCUCUUUGCCGGUAAUGGAGGACUUAAUCGUCGCAGGGCCGUCAGUGCCAAAACACCACAACAACCACACACACACAAAAAAAGACUAAGCUCCGACAGCACCUCAAGAAGCAACCUUCAGUUCUCUCUGGACGUAUUGCUUUUGUUUUGUUUUAAAAAUGUAACCUUUUGUGUUCCCCCGUUGUUUUCUUUUGCAGCGGGGGGAAGAACUGUGACAUAUCUUCGCCUCGCAGUCUGUUUUUGUGACUCUUGGAGAUAAAGGUCGUUGUGAAGACUUGCGUAUGCUUUAACCUUGAAUUUGCCUACGACUUUGACCAGAGGAUUAAAAAGAAAUGCAUGAGGAGAAAGAAAAAGGCCACCAAGGGGAAGAAAAAAAAACACACACACACACACACACAACAACAAAUACCUAAUGUCUAAACACAUGUGCAUCUAUGUAGCUCCAAAUUGUACUCAUGUGUUUGUCUGCCUGCAAUGGGAAGUUCAUGAACUUUCUCCUUUCUGGUCACAUGACUGUCGGGGGGGGGGCUCGAGCAUAACCAUGCAGCUUUAUUAUGAGCAGAUUGGGAUCUGUGGUUGGAAUUGCCUCUAAUAGCGGUUGUUAAUGCAGACGUGGAGAAAAAAACAACAACAAUUGGACUUCAAACCAGAUUCGGUGCACUAAUCCACGCUUUCAUGCAGACUCGCAGGCAAACACAUGAUGAUUAUUUGGAAUGUUUCUAAUGUCUUUUGGAGAUGUUCUCGUAUUGAAACUCAGCAGUUUUCAGCAACAAACAUAAACGCUUUGAAGAUACUUGUAGCUUAGAAAGAAAGAAAGAAAG